AUGCGGGCCGGCGGCGGCUCGGACCCGGAGCCGAGGGAGAACAGCAGCUCGUCCCCGACUGGUGCCCAGUUCCACUGCAGGGACCCCGCUGGGGGAUGCGCCCCAGUCAAGACCCCCGCAGUGGUGGAGGGUCCCACCUCCUGCCUCCCUCGGAACGUGCUCAGCGAGAGGGAGCGCAGGAAGCGGAUCUCGGCGAGCUGCGAGCGCCUUCGGGCUCUUCUGCCGCAGUUCGAGGGCCGGCGGGAGGACAUGGCCUCCGUCCUGGAGAUGUCGGUGCAGUUCCUGCAGUUCGCAGGCCCCGCGGUGCCCGGCGGGGAGCAGCAGGCUGCUGUCACUCCCUCCGAGGAGGUGUGGUGGCACAAGUGGCAGGAGGACGUUCUGAAGCUGGCCCUGGCGCGUCAGAGCCCCACAGGCACACCGGGCCCUGGGAAGGGAGCACCCGUGACCAUGCAGCAGGACCCUCCAAGCCGUGUGACCACGGGCGUAGACCAGGGCAAGGCCCCCACGGCGGGGGCCGAGGUGCGGGACAGGCCAGCAGCACCCCCUGGGCUGUCUGGCCUGGCACCAUGGACCCCAGCCCAGAAUCCCUCCAAGGUCCCGAGGGCACCCCCAGCCUGGCCUCCCUGCUCUCGGCAGCCAGCCUCCAUGCUGGUGAGCGAAGAGGCUCAGAGCUGCCUGGGCCAGGCUGGGCCCCUGGCCGAGGGCACUGACCAGGCUGUGCCACCGGGCACCAGGUACGUGUCAGGGUGUGACGCGGAAGAUGGGCUGUCCUUCCUGCCGACUGCCAGUCCUGACUGGUGGCUGGGGUCCCUGGAGGGCAGAGGCAGCAGUGCCCUCGCUCAGGCCCCAGCCAGGAGCAACCCACUGGACAGGACGGAGCUGGGCUUCCUGGCAGACCCUGAGCUCAGCUCCCAGGAGCUCCCUGACUGCGCCCUGGAGACUUGGGGCUGGGACUUGGGCUGCACCAGCCUGGUCCUUCGGGAUGAGGGGGACAGCAUCUUCCCCGACUUCUUGGCCUACUAG